CAGAAAGCAGGAGAGCAGGGAGGAAUGAAGAGCCUUUCCUCCACCAUGAGCUCCAGCCAGCCUGGGGGCUGCCCGUGCCAGGGUGCUGAAGGCCGCCCAGCGAUUCUGUAUGCUCUGCUGAGUCCCAGCCUCGAACCCCACCGAUCUACAGCCCGGAGCCGCUGUCUGUGCCGCCAGCACCGACCUGUGCAGCUGAGUACACCCCACCGUACCUGCCAGGAAGCCCUGGAUGUGCUGGGCAAGACAGUGGUCUUCCUCAGAAACCUGCCAUCCUUCUGCCAGCUGCCCUCGCAAGAUCGGCGGCAAUUGCUGUGGGGCUGCUGGGGGCCCCUCUUUCUGCUGGGUUUGGCCCAAGACACCGUGACCUUCGAGGUGGCCGAGGCCCCAGUCCAUAGCAUACUCAAGAAGAUCCUGCUGGAGGAGCACUGUAGCCAACUGCCUGAGCCACCACAGCCCUCACUGGCUGCUGUACGCUGGCUUCAGUGCUGUCUGGAGGCCUUCUGGAACCUGGAGCUGAGCCCCAAGGAAUAUGCCUACCUUAAAGGGACCAUCAUUUUUAACCCAGACUUGCCAGGCCUUCACACCUCUUCCUACAUUGGGCUCCUACAGCAAGAGGCUCAUCAAGCACUAUGUGAGGUCCUGGAGCCCCAACAUGCAGCAGGCCAGAGCCGGUUGGCCCGUGUGCUCCUUACUGCCUCCACCCUCAAGUCCAUCUCCCCCACCCUGCUUGGGGACCUCUUCUUUCGCCCUAUCAUUGGAGACAUUGACAUUGUUGGCCUCCUUGAGGACAUGCUUCUGCUGAGCCUACCUGCUGCCACCCUAGCAGAGACCAGGUGUUGGCUGGAAGGCAGCUGGCAGUGCUGAAUCUACCCACUCACUGUCCCUGGAUGGGCAA